AGCGAUACACAAUUUUACUCUUCCGCCGGUGUCGGAGGCACGUUGCCGACGAGCCAACGCUGACCGCUGACGCACCUCCCACCUCGGCGACGCCGCCACCGCCCCAGCCUCCUAUCCAGCAACGGCCCCGCGCUCUCCGCCCCCGCCAGCCGCGCAGACGACCACCAGCCCAUCACUAGUCCAAUUCGAGAAGGACUCCGAGCACAACACCGGCACACCGCAACCCGCGGGACUCCGGAUCGGCAACGGAAUCUCGAUCGAUCGAUCGAUUCGUUCGGCCGCUGAACUCAACACGCCUCCUCCAUCCAGAAACCUCGCCCGCCGCAUCUCCGUCUCCAAAUAGAGCCAGGGAGGGGGGAUUCUUGCCCGCCUUGUUGGUCGUUGCUUACCACGCUCGUCUUCGCAAUGGGGGGCUCCUCGGCGUGCGACGGGACUCUGUCACUCGACGAGUUCAACGCCUCAGCGAAGGCCCUGGUCACCAAGUGGAGGGGGAUCGACGUCGACGACGCUCUUCCCGACUGGGAGUGGAGGCCUUGCCGCAAGAUGGGGGUGCCAUCUGAGACGGAGGGGUUCGUAGCCCUGGAAGGAGUGUACCGCAUUGGCGCAGGAGGCCAGGUUGAGGGGAGCAGUGACGACCCUGUCCCUGAUGAUGGUGUAGAGUAUGAUACCUCGGUUCAGAGCUCUAGGGAUAAUGUUCAUCUUUAUGAUUUCCAUAUUGUCUACAGCUUUUCUUACAAAGUUCCGGUGCUAUACUUUCAAGGUCUUCAGUCUGGUGGGCAGCUACUAACUUUAGAUGAGAUAAAAAAGGAUCUUCCUUCUCAUUCGCUUCAGCUGUUAAAUGAAUCAAAGUGGACAUUUAUUACUCGAGAGGAGCAUCCCCACCUAAGUAGGCCAUGGUUCACCCUGCAUCCAUGUGGAACCAGUGACUGGAUGAAGUUGCUUCUUCAUAAACUGGGAGAUAAGGAUCGAUCUCUGCAAUACUUGUCAGCAUGGUUAUCUGUGGCCGGUCAGGCAGUAGGAUUGAAAAUCCCACUUAAGCUUUAUUGCAGUUCAUAGGUUCACUCUUCUCCAGUAUGUAGUAUGUACUAUUUUGGUGAGUAAAAUGGGAAGUGUCCACCUCUUAUUUUGCUUUGUAUAUGUUCAAACAUUCUCUUGGUAAUUUGACCAUUUUGCAGUGCAAUAACUAAUUUUAUUGCAUAUGCACGAAUGGCGCAGUUGCACAUACUGCAGCAUAGUUGCAGCUUUAACAUGAUGAUUUGUCCUUGGGCAUGUAAUUGAUUAUUAUUCUUACA